UAAUGGCAUCGCUGUCCCCAUACGGCCGUAAUCAGCAACAUUGUUGGAAAAAAAACACUUGUCACGAAAUUUCAUAAUUUUCUCCUCGCCCACAAAAUACGACCGGUGACUUUUCAAAGACAAGAAGAGAGGAGAUGAAUUACGAAUUUGAGCGAGAGAGCGGUUUUAUCAAUAGUCAGCCGUCGCUUGCUGAGUGCCUGACAUCUUUUACCCCUGUCGGUGAUGCAUUUCAAAGUUCAUCAAUCAAGAACUCGACGCUUUCACAGUCGACACUGAUUCCUCCUCCUUUUGAGCAGACCAUUCCCAGCCUCAACCCGGGCAGCCACCCACGCCACAGCCGGUCAAAGCAGAAUCUGAAUGGAGUCUGUAGCCCUCUGCCAGCCGCAUCCCUACCCCCGGAGUACCCUUGGAUGAAGGAGAAGAAAGCCUCCAAGAAAAACCACCAGACUACUGCCACAGCUACAACUCCCGACACUGCGCCACUUCACUUCUCUCCCCAAGGGUCGCCAGAGAUUGCAGAGAGUGGUGGCGGGGGAUCUCGGAGGCUGAGGACAGCGUACACCAACACCCAGCUAUUGGAGUUGGAGAAGGAGUUUCACUUCAACAAGUAUCUGUGCAGACCCCGGCGGGUGGAAAUAGCUGCUUUACUGAAUUUAACUGAGAGGCAGGUGAAAGUCUGGUUCCAGAACCGCAGGAUGAAGCACAAGAGACAAACCCACUGCAAGGAGAACCAGAACGGCGAGGGGACAUUCACUAGUCUGGAGGACGGGAGAGAGGAGGACUUCGAACAGGCUGGUAACAAUGUAGGCCUACCCGCCGGCGCGCUUCUGGAGAGGGAAACCUGCUCUUUUCACCAGAAUACCUUAACUUCACAACAACAGUCUCAGAAUGCACACAAUCACAAUGGAGAUUCCCAAAGCUCAACUGCUUCGCCUUUAAACAGCGAUGACAAAAAUCUGAAACAUUUUCCUAACCCGGCACCCACUGUUCCUAUAUGCGUGUCAACAAUAGGCCCGGACUGCGCAUCUGGCGGGGACAAUGCGCAUUCCCCGGCCCUGGACGUCUCUUUGCAGGACUUUCACGUUUUCUCAUCGGAUUCCUUCUCUCCAAGUUUGUCAGAUUCUAUAGAUAGUCCAAUGGGUUUAUCAUCUGAAGGUUUCGAUUUUUUCUCAGAAACGCUCACAACAAUCGACCUGCAACACUUGAGCUACUAACUAUUCAGGAGGCUACGGGCUACUAGGCUACAUUUAGUACAUUUUCCAACAACAACAUCUUAGUUUAGGAAGAGCUUCCUGUCUUCCAAGUUCUUCCAAAUAACUGGCUUCACUUUAUAUUUUGAUGUAAUUGUUUGAUUGAUUAAUACAUGGCUCCAAUGAGGUAAGUUUGAAAACAAUAAAUUCAUCAGUUGAAUAGUUUUUUUUAUAUUGCCAAUAUUAUGCCUCCAAAUAAUGAUAUACAACAUCUUUUCAUUUUAUUUUUGUGUCAUUUCCCGGUACAAUAAUGUUAUAAAUAGCCUAUUUUCUUAGAAUAAAAUGUUUCUUAUUUACGAGAGA